UUUUGUUUUCAUGUAUUCAGUUUUCUCUCUCAAUAAUAGUGUCUUGUUAUAUUCCUGAGUGAAUUACAACUUAUAGAAAAAAAAAUGAAAAUGAAAUUAAUUUUCACAAUUUUUCUACUUGCCCUCGCGGUGUACAAUAUUGAUGCGAAAAAAUUGAAUGAGGAUUGUGCCAAUGAUGGUGAUUGCACUUCAGAGGUUGAAAAUUCAAGAUGCAAUAAUCUAAAAUGCGAAUGUUUAGAAACUCAUGAGAAUAAGGAAAAUAAAUGUGAACUAAAGAUAGUUGCGAAAAAAUUGGGAGAUGCUUGUACCAAUGAUGGUGAAUGCACUAAAGAUAUUCAAAGUUCAAAAUGCAAUAAUCUAAAAUGCGAAUGUAUAGACACUCAUGAGAAUAAGGAAAAUAAAUGUGAACUGAUGACAGGAGCGAAAAAAUUGGGAGAUGAAUGUACAGCUGAUGCUGAUUGCACUAAAGAUAUUCAAAAUUCAAAAUGCAAUGCUAAUAAAAAAUGCGACUGUGCCGAUACUCAUGAGAAUAAGGCCAAUAAAUGUGAACAGAAGAAAGGUGCGAAAAAAUUGGGAGAUGAUUGUGCCAAUGAUGGUGAAUGCACUAAAGAUAUUCAAAAUUCAAAAUGCAAUGCUAAUAAAAAAUGCGACUGUGCAGAUACUCAUGAGAAUAAAGAAAAUAAAUGUAAACUGAAGACAGGUGCGAAAAAAUUGGGAGAUGAAUGUACAGCUGAUGCUGAUUGCACUAAAGAUAUUCAAAAUUCAAAAUGCAAUGCUAGUAAAAAAUGCGACUGUGCCGAUACUCAUGAGAAUAAGGCCAAUAAAUGUGAACAGAAGAAAGUUGUGAAAAAAUUGGACGAUAUAUGUGUCAAUAAUGCUGAAUGCAGUACAAAUGUUAAAAAUUCAAAAUGCGAUGAAACUUCUAAGAAAUGCGUAUGUGAAGCUAAAUAUGAAAAGAAAGGACAAGCAUGUGCAGAUAAAAAAGCUAAAAAUUCUGGAAUGACAAUUUCCAUUUCAUCAGGACUUUUAGUGACAGUACUUGCAUUUUUUUUGUGUCACUAAAUUUUGAACGACAGUCUUUCUACUUUCAACUAUAAUUCUUAAUUUCUUGUGGUUUUAAUCACUAUUCUUAUUGUAAAUUUAACAGUGACAGUUUAUUUUUAUUAGAAAACAUGAUACAGUUCAAAAGUAAUUUUUAUGCUUCUCUUUAAAGUCAAAUUUAAUAUUUG